CUGACGGGGUGUUCAAGUUAUCCAAUCCUGCGUCGAAACUGAGUCAGAGGCACGCUCCUGAAAGUUUUGUAGUUUGGGUCCCGACGAUUUCGAAAAGUGCGCGCCUGGGGUCGGUGGGUUUGAAACGAACGACGGCUAUCCACGAGAAAGCAAUAAUGCGCUAUGUACCAACACCAACCGUCAGUCUGGGCAAGAUGUUUUGGGCAGCCCUGCUAGCCUGUUGCCUGCAAAUCAGCGUGGUCGUGUUGGCCGAUGACUCGUCGGCCGCCAAAUCCGGGGAUGAAAAUCUACAGGCUGAAGGACUGAAAAGGCAGUGGGAGAGAAUGCAGGGAGGCUGGGGACUUAAAAGUACCCUACCUUUAAAUGAUCAAAUAGGAUAUUCGACACCUGACCGCGAAAAACGGGCUUGGCAAAAUCUACAGGGAGUUUGGGGGAAGAGAUUUGCACCUUCUGAAGACGACCUAACCAUUCAAGAAUUAGCCUCAAUAUUAGAGCAGGAUAGUAAAGAAGCACCUCCAGUCGACGAUAAUGAAUUUGACAUUCAUGAAGACAAAAGAAGCUGGGACAAGUUCGUUGAUGGGUGGGGCAAGAGGAAUAAAUGGGAAAAGUUCAGAGGUUCUUGGGGUAAAAGAGAACCCGCCUGGUCCAACCUCAAAGGCAUUUGGGGGAAGAGAAGUCUGUACCAGUAUGCUAAUUAAUCAGUCAAAAAAAAAGUGAUAGGGUAAGAUUCAAUAACUAAUAUCAGUGUUUCUUUACUCCACAUAACCAAGAAAAAUCUCUGGCCAAAACAAAAAUUGGUCAUCUGAGUAAACCACCAACAAUUCUAUUGAUUUAGUGAUAUCUUACAAUGAGUUUAUAAAAAUUAUUUAUAGCCUUUUAACAUUCUCCAUCUUACGUGUUUAUUCUGUUAAUUUUACUUAAAGUUAAUUUAAAAGCAUGUGCAAGUAGCAGUUUCUACGCUGUGUUGUAUUAAGUAAAUGACUUUUAUAAACCCAUAAUUAAUUAAUGUACUAUACAAGAUGUUAUUAUUAUAUGUAAGAGUGAUUAAAAAUGUGUUAUGUAUUUUUGAAAAAAUAUUUGUAAUUAUACCUGAGACCUAGCUGUAUAACUGUAACAUUAACGAUGUAACAAUUUAUUAUAGCUGAUUAAAUACAUACUAGCAUCUGACUA